ACAAUUCACGUGAUAUGCUGCCUGUCACGUGACCGCACUUGACAGGAGGAGAAACAUGGCGGACGUGGAAGCGACGAAGUCUCUGAGCGGCCUGUUGAACGGGAUCGCUCAGAGAGUUUACUACGGCAACCCGGAGAUCACCGAGCAGCUGCUGAGGGAGCAGCUCUUCCCGGACCUGAACCAGGACCAGUUCACGGCCCUGCACGACCGGAUGAAGGCGCUCCUGAAGUCUAUCGCCGCGGCCGACAUGGACCACGCCCAGCUGGAGGCCUUCCUCACAGCCCAGACCAAGAGGCAGGGCAGCAGCGGGCUGACCGCCGAGCAGGCCGCCGCCCUCUCUCGCUUCUGGAAGAGCCAGCGAGUCCGGGUGAGGGAGAGCCUGCUGGCUCAGAGCCGCUGGGAGCCCGGCCUCAGGGGCCUCUCCUGGAGGGUGGACCUCCAGACCGCAGCCAGCCGGGGGGAUGCGGCCCACAGCGGCCCGGUCGCCCUGAUGGAGCUGGAGCUGGGGAGAGCCGGCCAGGACUCAGAGUUUGUGUGUCUGGAGUUUGACGAGACCAAAGUCAACCAGGUGCUGAAGAAGAUGGCCGAUAUCCAGAAGAGCAUUGACAGCAUCGUUCAGCGCUCCUGAAACUUGUCCUCGUGCAGCAGAGAAACGGUUGCGACUGAACGACUCGAUGGCUGUUUUCUCUCCGCUGUGCUGUUUCAUCUCGUCCGACAGCGUCACACAGAAACAGGAGCUUUUCUGAUCUGUGUUUGCCAGAAUGGAUCCAACAGGUCUUUUGCACAGAUUGAACAUACUGUAUAAAACACAUGAUCACAUGUGAUUGACUUGUUAAUGGACCAACAUUUGUGUUUUUUUAUUGAUUUAACCCACCAUAAUUCAAAGUGCUGGACUGUUUUACUCACUGUUUGUAUCAGGAUGCUCAUUUUGAUCAUGGCAGCAAAGAAAUGACCUUUCUUGAGGACGAUGAGGUUAUUGAAGUGUUUCAGAGUCUUCGUAAUUAGUUUAAACCAUGAUGUGAUGAUUCACAUUGUAUUUUGAGUGUGGCUCAUAUCAGAUCACAGGUCACGGUUCUAAAGUGACCCACAUGACAUUUAGAGUGACGUAAAAGUCACAUGACUUCUGAUAUAACUGUUCACACUGAGGUCACAUUGCAAACAAUCACACUGUACCUGAUUUGGAACACAUAUGAAAGCGGCUCGAUCAGAAUUUAAAAGAUCAGAUUGAUAGCCGACCUGCUGUUGGGUUUGGGGUACGGGUCCUUGAGGCUUUUUUGCCCGUAUGGACAUGAUCUACACGUGUACCGGUUUUCAUACGUAUCGGUGAAGCGUGCUUUAUAAACCUGCUCUAAGGGGACGUUGUCGAACAAUUUUUUAGUGAUUUCAGCUUCAAACAACAUUUGCUACAGAACUCUACAGUGUUAAUGUUAUUAUAAAAAUAUAGAAGCGUUUUUUUCAACAAAAACAAGCCAAGCUUCUGUUUUCAUUCCUUUGAGGGUCAUUGGACUGUGAAACCGUGUUAUCAUACCGAGAGAAUCUCAUAUCGUUGCUGUGAUAUUAUCAAACUCAUCGUACAUUUGCAUAAACAUUUAUCCCACAGCAGGACAGCUGACAAAGUCCAAUCUGGACUGAUAAAAGUUGGCCUGGUAUUGGCAUUAACAGACAGAGUUUGGAGCGUCCUGUUCCUUUAAGACAGUCCUGAGCCCACCUGGUCAGCACUUAAAGGCUGGACGGGUUAUAUUACUUACCUGUAAAUGAAUACUUGAUGAUAAUAUAAUACAAUAAAACAAAGUUUCAUUGUGUUUAGUUAAUUUUUCUGUGGCUGUGUUCAGAGACGAGGAUGAACUCUGACGUUCAAUAAAAGGCUGAAAUCGACUUAAUAAACUCACAGUGGUGUAUUUACAACCCGACACAAGUUUGUGCCAGUUAAGAUUAAAAGCGACACUGAGUCAUAAACAGAA